CAAUCGUUGCGCCUGACGUCAUAACAACACUGAUAUAAAUGCUGUCCAGCGACAACAAGGAAGUGAAACUCAACUGAGCUUAAAGAAAGAAAAGAAAUUGAAAGGCGAAUUCUACUAAAAGAAGAGUAUAAACUGCAGUAAUACGUAAUUUUCCCUGUAAAAAUAUAAGGAAUAAUAAUCAGGAUUACAAAGAAAAAAAGACCGCAAUGAAUAACAAAGGACAAUAUUCUCAACAGUCUACAUAUCCUCCCACAGCUGGUGCAGCUGCCACUGGUGCUGUAUACCCGCCAACCAUGUCUUUACCACAGGCCCCUCCAUAUGCUGAUGCACCUCCUGCAUAUUCAGAGCUGUAUCGUACAAGGUAUAUGGCUCCACCCACUGCUGCUGUCCCUCAGCUUCCUGCCACAUAUCCUGGAGCUUCAAUGUAUCUUCCUGUGGGUCCUUCUGUUGCUGGCCAUCCAGUUACCCAAACAAUGCCAAUGGCUUACUAUCCUGUUGGACCACUCUACCCACCUGGAUCAACUGUUAUCAUUGAUGGGGCCUAUGAUGCAGGUGCCCGGUUUGGGGCUGGUGCUUCAGCUUCUCUCCCUCCACCACCUCCUGGCUGCCCACCCAAUGCAGCUCAACUGGCGGCCAUGCAGGGUGCAAAUGUUGUAAUGACUCAGCGCAAGGGCAACUACUACUUGGGAGGUUCUGAUGGUGGCUACACUAUUUGGUAAAGACUCAAAAGGAUGACCACGUUUUGUACUGGGGAAAAGACCACAUAUACUGACGGCACUUCUCACAAUGUACUACUCUAGAAAUGUUAACCUGAUACAGCAGUUUGUAGAAAAAAAGAUGGGUGCAUAAUGCCCAGCUAUUCAGGCACUUGAGAAAUAAGUGUCUGUACAAAUAAGGGUAUAUUCAAAAUAUAAUUGAGAUGAACAUUUUAAUUUAAGAAACAGCCUGUUGCAAUGAUGGUGCAGUAAUUUGCCUGUUGUCUAACUUAAACUUUUAAAGUCAGACACAUUUUUGUAUUUCUUUUUACAUAAUGAACCUUUCCAGGUUCUGUGCCAUGUCUGAACAUUCGCCUUGGUAACUUUAUUUUUACACUUAUUUUUUUUUGUACAUUAAUGCAAAUGGUUAUGCUCAAUUAACUUCCACUUUUUAUCCAGAUGUUUUCUAGUCUGAGCAGUCUACAGAAGUCUGCCAUGGUAAAGGAAAAUGAGCAUUCCCUCCUUCCCCUUCCCAUGCUACUGACUUUAUCGAAGGUUUCCUUUAAUUUCAAAAUGUUUUGUAGCAAUACAUAAAUGUGCCUCAAGUUUUAUGUAUGGCAUGAUGACCCUCUUCAGCCAUAAGUGUGGUGAAUUCCAAAAUGGAGCAGCUUCAUACUGCAGGUCUUGUACUUGAUUGGUUCUUUGUUUCCCUUGAACAGCAAACUUGGUAGAAUGAAGAUUUUAUUAGGGUUGAACAGUGAUUCAGGGAUUCUCUUGAGAUGUUUUUUGUUGGCUGUUUUAUAUUGCGUUUGGAUUUGGUGAAUAUAUUUUAUCCUGAAAUCUAAGAUUUGAGUGUACUGUCUGCUUAUUGUAACUGUUCUGGAAGUUUAAUAUUGUAUGUUGCUUAUAUCUACACUGUGGUGCACUUGUGGAAUUUUAUACUUAAAUUGAAAGAAUUGUAGAAUAAAGACUAUUUUGACGAUUGUGAUGGUUUUAUUAAAACUGAUUUUAGGUUAUAAAUGGAAACAUUAAGCACUGAUUAAAACCCUAAUAGGGAACAUCAAAAUCUGAGCUUCUGCACAUUGAUAUUUCUGACAUGUUUGCUUACAGAAGCUCUCCCAUCACUGGCCUGGACUCUUGACACUUGUGAAGGAAAGUGUCUCCAAAGAGGAAGACUGACUUGAAUCAGUUAUUGAUACCACAACUAACAUUUUCUUUAGAAUGCAGUGAUUUAAUCAGUAUGUAUACACCCAUUUCCUAGUAUGGUAAGGAUUUUCCCCAGAAACAGCUGCAUCCAGCUUCUCCACAGAAUUUGCAUUCUGGAGUUGUACAUUAACCCAAACUCAAUUUCAGCUUGUCCUCUCCUACUAAAAUGAAAAAUGCAUGCCUUAGCACAGUACACUAGUGGGCCAGCAUGAACAUCUUUGGGGAGAUUAGUGCAUUAAAAAGUGUGGGGUAUAAAGAUCAAAACUGAGCAUUCUGAUGUCACAAAAUGUCAAGUUUAAAUAACCAUCUUUGCUCCAGGCUGCUUGUGUGUAGAGAAGGAAAGUGACUCUUUGCAGAGCCCCCCUUGCAACAUAAUGUAGCAUUUAAAUGUAACAAAGCCAUCUUGCCAGAGGAUGAGAAACUAAGAUCAUGCAUGUACACUUAAAUCAUGGCCUAAAUUUGGCUUGUUUUCGAUGCCUUCUCUGCCAUGUCUUAACUGGUUCAUCUGUUUGUGCAUCAUUAGUUGGUCCAUUUCUUGUGUGGGUGUGUUGCAAAUCACACCUAAUGAGUAAGGCAAGUAGAAAUUGCUGACAUUUGCACACAGUUGAUAGUUUUGAAGAAAUGUAUGCAUGUAUUGAAUACCACGUUGUAAAGUACACCCAGGCAGUGUAAAAAUUGUAAUAAAUGCAAGGAACUACAUUCUGAAAUUUUGACUUCAGUUUUUUUAUAUGUAAUGCUUGCUAGUAUUUUGUGGCAGUAUGUCCAUUUACCUAGAUGCUGAAUUUUAGUUAAUGGUCUGCUUCAUUGCAGAAAAUAGUCCAUUCCUUCUGUUUUAGUCUUGAAAUUGUCCACUGCUGUCAAUUUCUUUGCAAAGCAUCACAGGCCAUUUCCCAAGGCUUCUUUCAAGACUGAGUGUAGAUUUCUUCCUCUAGGUUCAAAACAAAUUGGUUUUGUUUUACCCUUAAUGUAAAGUCCUAAUGUUUGUUUUUGGCAGAAACAUUAAGCUGUAGAUUUUCGCAGAAACGUUUACUGGCAAGGGAAUUUUAUGACCAGAGACUCAUGGUCACGAGUUGGGCUUAAUUUUAGAAGGUAUCAAACUAUAGUUUGACCAAUUGGAAAUGUUACAUUUGGAUAUUAGAGGACUGAGUUAAAGCAGAAUAUUCGUCAUUUUUGAAUUUCCAUCAAAAGGGACUGCUAAAUUGGAGUAAGGAUCCACUGUGCAUCUUGGAUUUGUCUGUAAACUGGUCAGAAGAUGAAGUAACAACAGUUUUAAGCAGAAGUCUAAUGGAAUACCUCAAUGCAUUUAAUUGAACACUGUCUCAGUUCCUGGGGCAUUAUUGGCUGCUACAGUUUCAAAGACUGUUUUUCAAGCUUUUAAAUGUUUGCUAUAAGAAACGGUUUAAGCAAAAUAAAAUGUUAAACUUAAA